GUGAAAGCGGCCGCAUCCUCAAACCAUGGGCGUGUUAAGCGAGAACAACCCGAGGUGAACAACCAGCGUGAGGAUCACUCGUGUUCUCCCAGCUCUGAUCCUACUGGACUUCCCUACAGACCGUCACUCCACCCCGAGGUGAGGGGAAGUAUCCAGGAAAUGAAUUCAUCCCAGUCUGACUUGUCUGCAGCGAUGAAAAGCUCAGAGGCCACAGAGAAGCUUUUCCUGCAGAUUGUUUGGGACUGGUUAAGAGAAUGGCAGAUCCUCCGAUCCCCGUUUUUUCCAGUUUUAUUCUCUCUCACUGUUUACCUGAGUUGCUGUUUGCCUUACAUCUUUUUGGAUUUGCUCUGCUCAAGACUGAUCCUUAUACGUCGCUUCAGGAUCCAGCCUCAAAACCAAGUGACAUGGACGAAGGCUUGGAGGUGCUUGUGCAAAUGUCUUCACAACCAUGUCUCUUUCAUUCUCCCCCUUUCUGUUGUGCACUGGUACUGGAGACCUGUGGUUUGUCCUCCACUGGCACCGGAGAUGCAAUCUGUGAUUCAGGACGUGCUGGUCUGCCUCCUCCUGUUUGACACGCAGUACUUUUUGUGGCAUUUGCUGCAUCACAAGGUGCCCUGGCUCUACCGUUUCUUCCACAAGGAGCACCACCUCUACACUGCCACUUUCUCCCUGACGGCAGAACACACAGGUGUCUGGGAGAUGCUGAGCCUCGGCUUCUUCGCAAAGCUGAACCCCAUGCUCCUGGGCUGCCAUCCACUCACUGAGAUGUUAUUCUUUGUCACUAACAUUUAUCUGUCUGUGGAGGCUCACUCGGGCUAUGAAUUUCCAUGGUCUCCACAUAGACUGGUGCCUUUUGGCCUCUAUGGAGGAGCUCGGUAUCAUCACCUCCACCACUUUAAAGUCAAAGUGAACUACGCACCUUACUUCACACACUGGGACAGACUCUUUUACACGCUGCAGGAAGACGACAUAGAGGACAUCAAAUGACAGAGAGCACAUGAUUGUCAGUAGAGCAGUGGAUUACGCUGCAAGAGUGGCUCGAAGUCACGAUUAGAAUUCAUUUAACUGAGCUGACCACAGCAUUCAUUUAGCAUAACGAAGAAUAUUUAAAAUUAUUACAUGUAUAACUUUCAAAAUCAUACGUUGUUGCCAUUUUAAUUCUUGUUUUUUCUAACUACUUUACUGCCACUGACCGAAAAGUAACCUAGCUGUCAAAUAAUGAAAGUAGAGUUUAACAAGAAAUAUGUUUUAUACCUUUCCUUUAAUCUCUAAUCAGUUGGUUCAAAAAAAUAGAAACCCUUAUUUUUUUUUCCUUUGAAUCAUUCAGAUGAUAAAGUAAGUGUAAAACUAUUUGUCAGCUCCAUUUUAUUUGUGUGCACAUGGGUGAAAUGCCAUAUCCAAUUGUUAUAUAAUAAGAUAAAUAGAUACACAUACAAAUAUAAAAAUAUUGUAAGUGCAGUCACUGAAAAGGAGAUCACCCCACAGAUGCACAGAUGAUGAUGUGGAAAUAACAACAGUGAUGUCUCAAACAAAACGAGUCCACAAAAUCAUCCGAAUACUAAUUUAAAACUAUUUAUGCUGGAAGCUGUUUACAGAUACCAACACUCG